GCAAGUUAAGAAAAAUGAGCGUAAAGGCUCUACCUUAUCAAAGGAGGGUUGGGAGGCGCUAAUGCAACAGUUCAAUGCUUUGAGUUCAAGAAGUUAUGAUAAGAAGCAGUUGAAGAAUAAAUGGGACAAUUUGAGGAAAGAUUGGAAUAUAUGGGACAAGCUAUUAAACAAAGAGACCGGUUUGGGAUGGGAUAGUGAAAAGAAUACUGUUUCAGCACCAAAGGAGUGGUGGAGUCAAAAGAUUAAGGAGAAUCCUGAGUAUAGGAAAUUCAGGCAUAGACCACUUCCAUAUGCACAAGAAUUAACACAGUUGUUCCAGCUAGUUGCAGCACAGGGCACUUACAUGUGGACACCUGCGGCUGAUGAUCCACAAGAUGUGUACAGGCCUCAAUUGGAUUUGACUGAAGGAUCAGGAGACAGUGAUGAUAUAAGAAACAUUAAUGGAGGAGCUCUCCCAGGAAUUGGGCAAGUUAACUUGAAUAAUGCAUACAGUGGUGGUACUAAUUCAGGGAGCAAGCGAAAGAGAGGUGAAAGUGGUCAAAACAAAAAGGGAAAACGUCUUGCAACGGUGAUGGUUGAUUCAGUGAGUCGAUUGGUGUCCACACAAGAGGAUAGGGUUUCAACAUUGAAGUCAAUUCUUAAUUCCAUAGAGGGUGGAACAAAACCAGUUGACCAAAAUGUGUUGGAGGUUGCAAAGGAACUUUAUGGAAUCGAGGAGAUUGCUUAUGAUGAGGUGCUUCUUGGACAGUGUGCUGUGGCCUUGCUAGAUAAGACCGCAAGGGACAUGUAUAUUGGGCUUAGAGACAACAGAAGAGCAUUAGUGGCCUAUUUGAGGUGCUUGGGCAAAAAAUGAAAUUAGAUCAUCUUAGCUUGCCUUCUAAUGUUUUAAAAUUUAGCUAGUGUCAUUCAUGUUGUUAAUUUGUUUUGAAACUGACUGUGUUAUUUGACUCUUGUGUUAUGUGUUUCUUAAGUUAA